AUGAAUUGCAUACUUGCCUUUCUUCUGCUAACAGGAGACCAAACCAAAGAAAAUAAUCGUCUAGCUACUAUGCCAUUGAGUGGGCAUCAAGAUUAUUACAGAAUGUACGCACCAAACGAAAUGCGGCAUUUCCGAGGCGUCGAGGCCGGCAGUGACGUUAUUUUGGCCAAGAGUCAAAUAAGAGGACCAGGCACACAUAUGGCAGUUUAUUGCUCUCCUUCCAAAAGUUUAAGAUAUAUAGCGGAGUAUAUUAGUAAAGGCGCUGAUCACCUGGACGAACUGUCGGCGUAUGGCUUUCACCAGGAUCUUUCUCAAGAAACCAAAUGUCUCGAACACAUUGAAGCGGAAUUCAGAAACUCACCGGUUACAACGGACAUCCCAAUCAGAAAGUUUUCGGAAAAAAUAGAGUGCAGUAAAAGUACAAUCUACAGCUUAGCUUUUCAAAACCAUUUUUGUAUCCAAAACAACGUGGACGAAAUACUUACGCCUUUUAAUCCUCAUCGUCGCCGAAUAGCUAUUGAAUUUUUCUUUCGCAUGCCUCAUGUCGUACUCAAUGGUAAACUAAUUUUGCAAACCGAAGCCAAUGGUCUACAAACUGCAAUGGCGUGGUAUCAAGGUUAUUUAAAUAUAUUUCAAAAGAAAAAAUCUCUUCACACUUGGUAUCCAGUAAAACGAUCAUUACAGGAUACGGAGGAUUUUGAUUACAUCAUCGAUUAUAUAGCCGAAUCUUUCAUCGAGCUUAGAUCUAUUAAGUCUUUGCUGACACAAGGUGGAAAUACCAUUAGUCCAACACUAAUUGAUGCUCUGAGGUUGAGGGAAGAUCACCACGUCAAUAAAGAGCUCUACAUCAAACAACAAUUAGGUAUCCUCCGUCAGAAAAAUUUAAGAUUACCUGAGUCAAUCGCGGAAGGUUUAAUUGGUCCAUUUGUGAAAUAA